AUGAAGAAUGCGAUGAUGGUAAUUUAAUACCAUUUGAUGGUUGUUUUGAAUGCAAAUAUUAAUGUAUUGAUGGUUGUCAUAUAUGUUACUAAGGAGAAUGUCUAUUAAGAUAUGUUUAUCAAGUAAUGCGAUGAUGGUAAUAUAAUACCAUUUGAUGGUUGUUAUGAAUGUUAAAUCCAAUGUCAAAUAGGUCAUGAAUAUAUUAAUUAGCAAUGUGUAUCCAUUUGUGGAGACAGGAUUACCUCAAAUAAUGAAGACUGCGAUGAUGGAAAUUCAAUAGAAUUCGAUGGAUGUCAUUUAUGUAAAUACUCUUGUCCUUUGAAUUGUCAAAUUUGUUAUUAGGGAGAAUGUAUUGUUUGUGAUAAUCAUUAUGAAUUAAUCGAUUCAGGACAGUGUUAAAUAUAGAAUUUGAUAAACGAUCUUCAAUGUAAUGAUUAUAAUGAUUUUCCAAAUGAUGGCUGUUACAAUUCUUAAAUUGAAUAACAUUGGAUAUGUUAAACUAUCUCUCAAAUCAGCGAAUGCACUUAUUCAUUAAACCCUUAAAUAAUCGUCACUUAUCUUAACAUGGCCUCAAAUAUUUAAUAUGUUAAGAUCUCGUUUAACUAAGAAGUCAAGAUACUAACCGAUAUAUUACUAUCUUAGAGUAUCAAAACUCAAAUACUGGAAGUCUCCAGUGAUGACUAAAUUAUUAACGUUCAAAUAAUCUAUGAGGCUGGUCAUUAAAUUGCUUUUGUUGAAUAUAUAUUAGAAAUAGAAAUCUUCAAACUCUUAGAUUUUAAACCUAUAUUAGAAAUUACAUUAAAUCAAUAAGUUGUUAACAUAAAUGAGGUUGCUAUAAAUCCCAAUUCAUAUUAUUUAACAUUAAAAAAUCCAACUUACCUGGAUGAAUUACAAUCUGAUUUGGCUUAGAAGUUACUACAAAUUAAUAAAUCCAUAAUCUAUUCUCUAGGAGCAAUUGGUCUAAUGUCUUUGCUUUUGGGAUUCUCCUCUAUAUUUUUAAAUAUACUUACUGUUUUACAAUACUAUUCAUAUUUAAGGUACAUCAACCUUGAAUUCCCUUCAAAUCUAAUGAUCUAUUUUGAAAUUGGAGAUCUAUUAACUAUGCAACCUUUAUUAGAUGUCAUUCAUUUUCAGGACCUAUUGAAUUUUUUUUCAGAUGAUCAAUCAUUUUAACAAUCAUAUGGGAAAUUUUAGUUUUAUAAAUUAAAUGCCGAUCUACUUUAAAAUAUUCAAACCUAGAUGUUACAAUUCUUAUUGAUGGGAUUACUUUUUAUAAUACCACUAAAUUACUUCAAAAGGAUCGUCUAUUAUAAAAUAUUUACCUAAUCAUUUUUUGAGAAAAUUUCUUGCAAAUAAUUACAAAAAAAAGAUUGUAUAUUUAAAUUUUACAAAAUAUUUUACACAUUUAUGAAAAGAUUGAUUUCUUGGGAUGAUCUAUUGACUUAUCAAGGUUUCCGAUAGAUAUUAAUAAUAAAUGGAUGGGAUUUGGUUUUUAAAACACUGUUAUUUAUUCAAUCUGCAAACGCUUUGAACUUUAAAGACAUUAUUUAAAUUAUUUUGGCAUUACUAAUUCUAUUUACCUAUUUUUUAAUUAUCAUUCAAUCUUGCAAUUAAUCAUAAAGUAAAAAUUAACGUCUGCUAAAUCUACUAUUCGGGGACAAAUUUGAAAUAUUUAAUCUAAUCAGAAUCAUCUAUUUUUUUGUAAUAUUAAUAUUCUGUUAGAGAGAAAAAAUUAUUUAAAUCAUAAUGAUUUCAUCCUCUUGCCUAUUUUCAUUGACUCUUAUUUAUUGUUAUCGUGAUACUUUUGAGAAUAAAAAUUUAAUUGUGCAAUUAGUUAUUGAAAUAAUCGUAUUCAUUUUUACAUUAACCUCAAUUAUAUAUAUUCAAGAGUUUUCAAUGGGAGAAGAACUAAAAAUUAUUUUUGGUUGGUUUCAUAUAGCCAUACUUUCAAUUGGUACCAUAGUAUAAUUUCUAGUGAUAAUAUAUGAAAAACUUAAAAAAGCAUCUAAUAUCGAAAGUUUGUCAGAUAAAAAAUUGAAGUAACAUAAGAAUAAUUCCCAUUUAAUUUUACAUGAAGCAAGCAAACGUAUUGUAAUACAAUAAUCAUGA